CUCUACAGUGUCGAGUCCAGCAACAUACAGCAUCAUGAUCAAAUUUUUGGUUGCUCUCUGUUUGGUGUCAGCCUGCGUGGCGAGACCCCAGUUCGUUUUCUUGGUCGCCGACCAACAGGGCGGACUAUCACCAAUUCAACCAUCAGCUGAUCAGAUCCAGGCUCUCCUGUCCAAUCUCCAGUCUCAGUCCACUUCUGCUGCUGCUGCUGCUCCUGCCACUGCCACUGACUCUGCUGCUGCCCCAGCUGCCGCUGAAGCUGCACCUGCUGCUGCUGUCGAAGCUGCACCUGCUGCCGCUGCUGCUCCAGCUGCUGAAGUCGUUCCUACUGCAAACCCCGCUGCCAACGCCGUGGAUCCUCAGUUCCAGUCCUUCAUCUUCCCCGAUGACGAACCCGCUGUCGUUGCCGCUAAACAAGCUCAUUUCGCCGCCGUUAUGAAGGCCCGGGGUGGUGCCGCGGCUGUUGAGGCCAACGGGGCUGAGGCCAAUGGAGCAGAAGCUAACGGGGCUGAGGCCAAUGGAGCAGAAGCUAACGGUAAAGCCAACGGGGCUGAGGCCAACGGCGAGGCCAAUGGAGCUGAGGCAGAGGCCGCUGAGGCCGAGGCUGAAGCUGGGGAAGCCGCAGAGGCGGAAGCUGGAGCUGAAGCUGAAGCCGGAGCUGAAGCUGAAGCCGGAGAAGCAGGUGAAGCCGGAGAAGCCGCAGAAGCUGGAGAGGCUGAAGCCGAAGCUGAAGCCGGUGCUGCAUGAUUCGACAUACCUGUGAUAUUAUUUAACAACGAAUUGUAGAUAAAAAUAGCUGUAAGUAGCCACGGCUUUUUUGUAAAUGUUGCUUAAAAAGCGACGCUCCAAAGACGCAACACUCCCUGUAUUAAUUUUUAAUUCAGCAGCUCACAGGCGCCAUUAAAAACUUGAACAUUCAAUUCUAGGUGUGAACAUUCAGCUCGUGUCUGCGCAAUGUAAAAUCAAACGUCCUUCAGCUCAUUGUGCCUGAGCAGACCUAUCCUUCCUCUGUAUGUAAGCCUUGUUAAAAGUCGUGUGCUUUCUGGCAUUAUGCGAUCGAAUAAAUUAUGUAGAGAC